AUGAAUGCUGAUUUACUUUAUUCACCAUCUCUCUGCAAGGCUGGACAUAAUAGUAGAACUUACCUUGAGAGACCAACUGGAACAGAAGCUGAAGAAGAAGACAUUGAUGAGAAAGAAGCUAGAGAGCAAGAAGCUAACUUGGAGGAGACCAUGGAGACUGCACAUGCUGCACAUGUUGCAGAUGAGGAAGACCUCACUCAAAACUACCCAGGAAGUCAGCCUGAUGAGAACACUGUCAAUGAUGUGUCUGCUACAACAACUGCUGCACCCCCUAAUGUAGCCACUACACCAGUAGCACCCUCCUUGGUGAGACCAGCAACCAACUCAGAACCAGCACCUCCAAUGGCAACAAGGCCAACAGCACCAACACCAAUAAGGAGAGGCAGACCUACUGCUGUAAGGGACAACCCAGUUCUGCCAAGAGGAAGAGGCAGCAUCGCUCGAAGAGGACUGACAGCAACCUCAACAACACCUCUCACUUCCACACAAAAUGGUGCAGCUGUACCACCAUCCCCUGCUCAACCUAGGGUUGUCAGGCAUGCUGUUGGGUCUAAAUCUCAUAUUCUACCCUCACCAACCAGUGCUGCAGGACCAUGUAGUGUGUCUGGGUCAAUACUACAAGGUCUAUUAGUUAGGUCCACUCUUUAA